CACCGGCACUCGCAGGGCUUUUGGUAAAGAUGAUGGCUUCGCCUCCACCAGAAAAGGCAGUUCCCAUUGCCUCGCCCUUAGACGGAGAAGAAUCCAAAUUGGGCUUCGCACCGCUCUCCUUCAUCAUCUCCUGCAACCUCACCCACGCCUUCCUUCUCUAUUACCAGUGCGAUAGCUACACCACCUUGUCCCUCUUUUUAAGCCUGCUCAUCAUUUGGGACUCGACAGUUGCCGUUUGGUGCUAUCACUCUGAUCGCCGCGAUAACAGCCGAGCUGGCUUCUCCACCGCCGCUAGUCCUCGCUACCGGGUGCUCGACAGCGUCUGGCCCUGGGCCCUGGCUCUCAUCGCUCUACACUGCCUCUUGGGAGUCUUUAGAUAUUGGAUUGGCCGUCCUUCUGGCUGCAAGUACACUAUACACACGCGGCCCCUCGACAAAGUGCAUUGGGAGGUGUACGUGACCGGAGACUGCAGCGAGUCCAAGCAUCGCGACGUUGUCGUUCGCACGAUGGCCUCCUAUCUCUCCGAAGUCGAAGCCGAUAUGUGCGGCGUGCAGUGCCUUCGUGUGGACGCGGCAGGAUCUUGGGUCGGGCACGUGAGUCUGACGCCAGCAGACACGCUCGUCGAUGGUACCUACUGCGGCACACAGUACUCGUUCGGUAGGUGCGCUCCUACCCAGUGGACAGCGGCGUCGUAAAAGACUCCCUCAUGGGAACCCUCUGGCUUUGCGUAAUGACUCAUCGGAGCAGUCCAGCUGUGAGAACACAAGAGAAGCUUGAAGCGUAUCAGCAGGUCAGAAGUCGAUCAACAGAAAGAGCCAAUCGUGAGGGUGGUAACCCGUGAGCAUGCACAGACCAUCGUCGAGGGGAGCGAAGG